AUGGGUUCGUCUGUCUGCUGGGAAAAUGAUUCUUACUAUUCCAUAUAUGACCUAUUCUUCAGUGAUGAUGAAGAUCCUUAUUUUCUCAGCAGCCACCCACUAUGGUGGACGAAACCAGGCAGCGGAGAUGGGAAGCGGACAAAACGAAAACCGCUGGGCUCGACAGUAGCACCCGGAGCUGUUCCCUCCGCCAUCAGGAAAACUGUGGAAGAUCCAGACAACGUUCUUGGCAAGAGACGCAAAGAUCGUUUGCUUGCCAAGUGUGCCGACACCUUCGUUCCCGGUGUUUACUACUCUAUGGAGAAGAGGAAUCGCUGGGCAGAGGCUAAUCCGGAAAAUCUCCUCAAUGGUGUCGAGACAGGCGAAGUUUCCGUGCAAGUCGUUGAAGAGAAAACACCGUUUCCAGGUAUAGUUUGA